AUUUGUCUCUUGUAGCUGUCAGAGGCGCUGAAACUCGAGUUUUUGCUAUAUUUAACAAUAAAAAUAAAAUUAUAAAAAAUCUUCGAGGUUGCAAGUUUCCCCUGAUAAAUAUUUGUUUACAUUUAAACCGGUAAAAUAUCAAACUGGACUAAAAAUGAGCUGGGUCUUGAAAUUAAGAUUACUAAAACCACAUAGUAUUUUUAGUUUAAACAACAUAACUACAGAUUUAUCAGUGAAGUAUUAUGCAAGAUAUAUCAUCAAUAAUAAAUACAGUACUUACAGGAAUAACAGGAGUAUUUUUUGUAAAUUUAAUGACUCAAUAAUCGGAGCAAGUAUGUAUGUAAAUAAUGUAAACAAAAGGUUAUUUUUCGUGUCUCGUGUUCUGGACAAGGGCAAAGAAAAAGGUGACAAGAAGAAAAAAGUCGAAAAAGCUCAGCACAUUGAUUUAUUAGAAGCGCGACAGGUGAUGGAUGUUGACAAGUACACAUCGCAGCUGGAUUACGCGCUCGAGGAAUUAAAGAAUAGUUAUAUCAAGCACUUGACUCUAAGAUCUUCUGUUGGAGCUAUCGAACAAGUUACUGUUCACUUCGAAGGCGAGGAUUACAUGCUGCAAGACCUUACGCAGAUUGUUCAUAAGCCUAAGACAGUUGUUGUCAAUGUCACCUCUUUUCCUCAGGCUAUUCCUCAGAUUCUGGACGCUCUUAGUAAAAGCGGAUUGAAUUUAAAUCCUCAGCAGGAUGGCACGACUUUAUUUAUACCGAUUCCAAAAGUUACCAAAGAAUAUCGAGAGGGUAUGGCAAAAAACGCAAAAGCGCUAUUCGUAAAAUGCCGGGACAAUAUCAAAGAUGUAAGAAACCGAGAAUUUAAGAACCUCAAAAAAGUUCCCUCGAUUAACGAAGACCAAAUGAGAAGGGUUCAAAGUCAACUAGAGGCGCUCUGUGAUAAAUAUAUCAAGCAAGCAGAAGGUAUUCUUGAUACAAAACAAAAAGAACUUUUGAAAACUUCAGAUUAAGUAUUAGAUUUUUAAAAAUAUUUCUUGUUGACCUUCCUGUAAAAUAAAUUUUUUGUUUUUUAAAUAUCUAAUCUGUCUAAUGUUUUUAUUUAGAAUUCACAUUUUCAAGAAUGGUAUUUUAAUAAAAAUUUUUCUAUCAAAUAAUUAUGUCUCAUGAAAAUAAUUAUUUAAAAUAAUAAGUAAACAAAGGAUUAAAUUUUCAUAUAAUAUUUAUCAUUUAUUUUCAUAAAUUUAUAAAUUAUUUACAAUAAUUACUCUUAUUAAAAAUGUACUUACGAUGAAAAAAAUAGUCCCAUCGAUUUUUUUUUAUUAAAAAUAUAAAAACUAUCUUAAAAUCGUAUUUUUAUAAAUCAAUUUGUUUUAUACAACGUAUCUAAAAAAUCUUAUUACGAUAAUUCGUAACAAUGAAUAGGAUAAUGUACACUUACUUAUGUAAAUAAAAAAUCUUAGUAUGGCUAAAUUGAUA